AUGCAUAUUCUCUCAGAACCCGAUGUGGCUCAUAUUUUCCGCAGCUUGACACGGGAAAAGUGCCAUGAUUUCAUCAACGUACUCGAAGAUGCACUUGUAGCUUUUUCAGAAGAGUCAAAACCAACUGUAUCAGCUUCUGAAAAGCUUAUCCACCAACCACUGCGUACCGUAUUUACCACAAAAGCAGACAACUCGUGCAUUUUCAUGCCUGUUUCUGACACCGUCAGCACUGGUAUCAAGGUAGUCACCGUCAGCCAGAGUGGUCUUCGGGGUGUCAUCAAUGUUUUCUCUCCCGAGGGACGCUUACAUGGUCUGCUUGCUGCAGCGGAGGUAACAGCGUUCCGCACAGCCCUUGCCACUAUAACUCUGUUUGUACGCUGCACCACCAUUAGGAAGCAGAAUGUGCUUGUUUUCGGAUCCGGUCGCCAGGCUGAAUGGCAUGCACGACUGGCUCUCUUGCUUUACCCUGACCAGAUUCGUCGGGUGACGUUUAUCAACCGAGGAAGCAAGAGACUUGAAGAGAUGGAGUCGGACGUUUUUAAAGACUUGCGUCAACGUUACUCGAAUGUUGCCGUCACGGCAUUUUCUAAAGAGGAUGCAUCUGAUUACGAUGACAGACUUCUCAAGGAAUUGCAAGAGUGUGAUGUUAUAUUCAGCUGCACGCCUUCUACGGAGCCAAACUUCCCAUAUUCGGCUCUCAAAUCGGCGCCUAAGCAGCGCUUCAUCUCUCUUAUUGGUUCAUACAAGCCACCUAUGCAUGAGAUUGACACAGAGACUCUACUUUCUGGCGGGGGUAAGAUCUACGUUGAUUCUAAAUCAGCGUGUCUGGAGGAGGCUGGUGAACUUAUCACGGCCAAGAUCACUGAAAAUCAGCUAAUAGAGAUGGGUGACCUUCUAGGGUCACUUGGUCCAGCGGACCCUGUUGUGGUACCAAAAGGCUGCAAUGUCAUUUACAAGUGCGUGGGCAUGGGUUUGAUGGAUCUUGUCAUUGGGAAAAAGGUGCUUGAAGUUGGAAAUGAGCAACAGUUAGGAACUCAUGUUGAUGGAUUCUAA